GCGGUUACAAACAUUGUACACAUUAUUCGAAAUCAGCUCGAUAAUCUCAGAAAAGGAAGAAGUAUAGUACAAUAAAUUAUCUCAAUGUGCCGGUCUAGUACUUCUGCUAAGGUACGCUACCCUAUGGCGGUGCGCACGAUUGCUUCACAGGAGGAGAUAUGGAAAAAGACGGCGGAGUGCGCGAAACGGAUUGCCAAUGACUACAAGGGCUACAAUCUCAGUUCGGAGAACCCAAUUGUGUUGGUGUGCGUUCUCAAGGGCGCUUACCUCUUCGCUGCAGACCUUUCACGAUUUUUAGCGGAUGAAGGCGUUCCUGUAAAGAUAGAGUUUAUUUGCAUUAGCUCCUAUGGAAAAGGUGUAGAGUCGUCUGGGCAAGUGCGCUUGCUGUUGGAUGUGCGGGAGAGCGUUGAGAACAAGCAUGUCUUGAUCGUAGAGGAUAUCGUUGAUACCGCAACGUCCCUUCUUUACAUUAAGAACUUGUUUUUGAGCAAAAAUCCAGCGUCUCUGAAGUCGGUAGUGUUGCUAGACAAGCCGAAUGCACGCAAGAAGCCGUUCAGUCCAGAUUACCGUGUUAUCGUUGUGCCUAAUGUAUUUGUUGUGGGCUACGGUUUGGAUUAUUCAGAGAGCUUCCGUGAGCUGCGGGACGUGGUCGAGCUAGAUAAGAAAUAUUAUGAAGGCAAAUCCCGAUUGUAACAACUAAUCGAGGGACUAAUAUGUAUACAUAUAUUACCAUAAUUCUUUCCUUUGGUAUUACUUUUUAUACUUUUUAAUCAAAAUAAUAGCGUAUUACUAAUCUUAAAGUUGAAAAUAAUAUUUCCUUAACAGAUAACACGUGGAUUUAUUAUAUAUCAUUUUGUCGCGUAGGGAUUGAUAAGUUGACUAUAAUUUUGUUAAAAAUAUUGUAAGAAAAGUAUUAAAAAGGUAAAAAGAGUCAUAUUUUUACGGAGUGUAGCAUUUAUGGCUGUGGUGCUCGU